UGAUAAUUCAAACUCCAUUUUCUUUUGUGUGUCCGUUGGGCUAGGAUGACCUGCUGUAACUCGGGUCUUCCUCGCCUUGGAAUAAGUCCUCUUCUUAUGAUACAAACAGACCAGCAAUGAAUCCUGCAUCCCACCGGCUCCUCGACUUAUGAUAAAAAUGGACUAGCAAUAAAUCCUCAAUUCCACUGGCUGCAUUACAAAUCCAUGGAAUGCAACUCAUGGUAACAUCGUCAACUUCAGCCAGUUGCGACGCCCAACGAGGGGCCAUUGUGUAAGGUUCUAACCACGUGGGUUAUACAAUUUUUAAAUCCACGAUUGACUUAGGAUCGUGAAGAGGCAACCCUAUCUAAAAUGUCCCCUCUUCACCGCCACAAAGACAAUCAUGGAGAUCUCCCGGCUAACUCUUCUCAGAGGUAGUUCGGUUCAUCGAUCUGGAAUGCAGCCGGUGGAAUGGAGCGCGUGAUAACAUCGUCAACUUUCCAUCCAGAAGCCCUAUAUGAAAAACUGCAUGGCAAGUGUUUCAUAAGGACAUUUUUCUUACGUAUUAAGGCCUUCAGCCACCUUUUUACCUAUGGGCUUUCAGCCAGUUAAUUUUGUUUGGACUUUCAGUCACUUUUCUUAGGCCUUCAGCAACUUAUUUUUGUAUAGGACUUGCUGUAACGUAGAGGCAAGUCUAUUUAUUUGUUAAAUAAAAUAUUUAUUUAAAUUUUUUUGCUAUUGCUUUGAUCUCCCUUGUGAUCGUUCUUGCUACCAUUAUUUUUCAAGUAUGUGCCCGCUCGGGCUCUUGUGCAGCAUAUUCGUUAGAUUAAAUAUGUGUUUUCAAGAGGCGCACAAACGAAACGUCGUUUGUGCGCCUUUUGAAAACACGUGUUAAUCUACCGAAUACGAUGUGCGCGAGCUGUACGCAUAUGUAUACAUACCUUUAGGGAUUAGCCGAACAACUUGUGGUGGUGAAGAGUAGACACUUUAGCUAAGGUUGAUCUCUUUUUGAUUCUAAGUCAAUCGUGGAUUUCAAAAUGGUAUAACCCACGUGGUUAGAACCUUAGAGUGAAAUCUCUCUGUUUCUGAUCUUAUAGGUUCUGACGAUUGAUUCGUAUUCAAUUUUUCUUUUGUUUUCUGCUGAAUUGUUUUCCUUAUUUUAGCUUCCAACAAAUAAUGGUCAAUACUUAUUUCUGGUCAUCUUCUGACUCUAAUAUCUUGAAUUAACUUUCUAUUGUCACUUUCUAUUAGUAGGUAUUGUGACGAAAGAGAACUCUUGACCGACCCCCGUAUAACGAUACACAACUCGAAACAUGUAAGAAUGACGCUAUCGAAUGUUCGAAGCGGCAGCCGAGGGGUAAAGAGUAUUCGAGAACGUACCUCAAGUAGGCGUGACGAGCUGAUAACUAGAGAUGGGCAGAAUCUUCGAGAAAUAUCGGCCGGGCUAUAAAUAGGAACGGAUUUUUUAAAUAAGUUUAGUUUAAGCUAGAGUUGUAAAGAAAACUUGUAUAAAUAAAUUAAUAAAGUCGUAUAUAAAUACGAACGCUCGUUUGAUUGUUACUGUGGUGUUAACGGUGUGGAAUGUAAAUAAAUUAAAAGUGAACUUAAAACGACUUUUGAACUUUAUUCGUCGGGAAUAAUAAAGUGCGUUAAUUAUUCGGUAUUCGGAAAGAUUUUAAAAAAACAGUUAAAAAGUACGUGUGUGCCGACCAAAGAUGUUGCUAGAAGAACUUUCCGUAAAACAGCUCCGUGAACAAUAAUUAGAAGACCGUAAGUUAGAUACCAGGGGGCCCAAGAAAGUCCUGAAAGCAUGACUCGAGGAGGUCCUCAAGAAGAAUGGAGAUGACCCAGAGACGUUCCACUUCCAGUCAGCGGAAGAAGCAGUCUUAUCGAAAAUAAUUGUCGAAAGUGUUUCUCAAAAGAUCGAUGAAACAUCUAAGAUAAAUAAUGAGAAAUUUGACCAGAAAUUCGAAAGUGUUUCUCAAAAGAUUGAUGAAACUUUUAGAAAAUUCGAAAGUGUUUCUCAAAAGAUCGAUGAAACUUCUAGAAAAAGCGACGAGAAAUUUUAAAGUGUUUCUCAAGUAAUUAAAGACGUUUGUAGACAGAACGACGAGAAAUUUGAAGAAGUUUCUAGAACAUUCGAUAAGAUACAGAAAAGUGUAGACGACAAUAAAGAAAUGCUAGAAGAGAAGAUCAAACAAUUAGAGAGCAUGAUAACCGAUACAAAAGUGCAACCAUCAGUUAAUGCAGUAGCUUUAGAUGCUGCAGUGAAAGAUGAAAUACCGAGAGACGAAACGUCGCAUCAUAUGAGAUUUAAAUUACCAACAUUUGAUGGAAAGUCUUCUUGGUCCAUAUACCUUAGACAAUUUGAAGCUAUUGCAGCCGGCACGCAUUGGACCGAACAAGAAAUAGCUAUUUGUAUAACAAGGGAGGAAAGUGCUACUUUUCCUCCCGAGAAUGAAGUUUACUGCCCGACGCGUAGCGGAGGGCAGUAAUCAUUCAAGGGAGGAAAAGGCACUUUACUCCCAUGUUAUACAUAUGAUUUUUCCA